AAAUGAAUGAAAGCCGAAGCAGGCAAUAAAGGAAGCAGAGGAUGCCCUCCUUCCAAUUGACAUUUGACGGUACUAGAAAGAGAGAGAAACCGUUGGUGAACAGUAGAGACUCUCUCUCGCAAUAGAUGAUGGCGGAGACCAAACCCACACUGCUCUCCGCGGAGGAGGCUCUGGAAAUAGUUCUGAGAGUUAUCCAGCGGCUGCCACCUGUCACGGUGCCCCUCCACGAUGCCCUCGGGAAGGUCUUGGCCGAGGACAUUCGCGCCGGCGACCCUCUGCCUCCUUUCCCUGCAUCCAUCAAGGAUGGAUAUGCAGUGGUAGCUUCAGAUGGGCCUGGAGAGUAUCCUGUAGUUGCUGAAGCAAGAGCCGGUAGCGAUGGAAUCGGCGUCACUGUCACCCCUGGGACUGUGGCAUAUGUUACUACUGGAGGACCGAUACCUGAUGGUGCUGAUGCAGUUGUACAAGUUGAGGACACUGAACAGGUGCAUGUGCAUUCACAUGAAUCAAGGCGAGUGAGAAUACUGGUACAGACGAGCAAAGGAGUUGAUAUACGUCCAGUGGGAUGUGACAUUGAGAAAGAUGAUGGAGUAUUGAUAUCUGGACAAAGAAUUGGUGCUGCAGAAAUUGGUAUACUUGCUACUGUCGGAAGGACAAUGGUGAAGGUAUAUCCCACUCCAAAAAUCGGUGUGCUUUCCACGGGAGAUGAACUUGUAGAGCCAACGACAGGAUGUCUGAGUCGCGGCCAGAUCAGGGACUCCAACCGUGCUAUGAUAAUGGCAGCUUCACUACAGCAUCAUUGUGAAGUUAGUGAUUUCGGCAUAACUAGAGAUGAUGAAGAAGGACUCGAAAAGAUCAUAGAUACUGUCAUUUCUGCUGGAAUUGAUAUUCUUCUCACCUCUGGAGGUGUUUCUAUGGGAGAUAAGGACUUUGUCAAACCACUGUUGCAUAAGAAAGGGACGGUGCAUUUCAGUAAGGUGUGGAUGAAACCAGGGAAACCAUUGACUUUCGCGGAGAUCAAUUCUGAACCAGCAGAUAAAAUGAGAAUGAGAAAACUUUUUGCGUUUGGGCUGCCUGGAAAUCCAGUUAGCUGUCUUGUCUGCUUCCAUCUAUUUGUGGUACCAACCAUCCGCUUUCUUGCUGGAUGGGCAGACCCUUUGCCUUUCAGAGUGCAGGCUCGCCUUCUCCAGCCUGUAAAGACAGAUCCAGUCCGUCCAGAAUUCCAUUCUGCUAUCGUCAAAUGGGAGUUAAAUAAGGGAUUGGAUAAUCCAGGCUUUGUUGCGGAAAGUACUGGCCACCAGAGAAGCAGCAAGAUUUUAAGUAUGAAAUCUGCUAAUGCGUUGUUGGAGUUGCCUGCAACAGGCAGUGUAAUGCCCGCUGGGACUUCUGUGUCAGCCAUUAUUAUUUCCGAUAUAAGUACUGCUGCUAUUAAUAAAACUUCCUCAUCCCUGGGUCCAGCUUCUCAUAUAGAAAGAUUUAGAACACAAGAAUUAUCCGUAGCUGAGUCUUGCGAUGCUGAGUUCAGAGUAGCUAUUCUUACCGUGAGUGAUACUGUUGCAUCCGGGGCUGGGCCGGAUAGGAGUGGUCCAAGGGCAGUUUCUGUUGUAACUUCUUGUUCAGAAAGGUUGGGAGGAGCCAAGGUUGUUUCAACGGCUGUGGUACCAGAUGAUGUAAGCAAAAUUAAGGAUGUUCUGCAGAGAUGGAGUGAUAUCGAGAAUAUGGAUCUCAUCCUCACCCUUGGUGGCACUGGAUUUACCCCCCGAGAUGUAACUCCAGAAGCAACCAAAGAGUUGAUUGAGAAAGAAACACCUGGUCUUCUUCUUGUCAUGAUGCAAGAGAGUUUAAAGGUGACACCAUUUGCUAUGCUCUCCCGUGCUGCAGCAGGAAUAAGAGGGUCAACAUUGAUCAUCAACAUGCCGGGGAAUCCAAAUGCGGUUGCUGAGUGCAUGGAGGCUUUGUUGCCUGCCCUCAAGCAUGGAUUAAAGCAGAUAAAGGGAGAUAAGAGAGAAAAACAUCCUCGACAUGUCCCUCAUGCGCAAGCUGCGUCCAUGGAUACUUGGGAGCACAGUUAUAAGUUGGCCUCGGGUACUGGUAAAGACUCGUCUGGUUGUUCUUGUUGCCAUUAAACUGGAGGAUUAAAAGUCAUACAUGUAAUCUUGUGUAUUGUUGCUCUGCAUCUUAAUAUAUAUUAAUCAAGUGGUCCGCGUGUUAUAGUUUCUACA